AUGUCUCAGGAAGCCAGGACAUAUUCCCUUUUCCUGUUCCUUUUCCUCAGCCAUGGAGUGGCAAGUCAUGCCCUUCCAGAUUCCAGGCAGGAUUUGCAUCCAUUGUUGCAAAAAAUGGCGGAAGAAAUAAUAGAUGGAAGCUAUCUGAAUGCAUUACUGGAUCUCAUACAGUUUCAAAGCUCCCACGUGUGGACGGCAGACCUGUCCCGCAGAGUCCUGGCCUAUCUGAAUUCACGGAAUGUUGCCUUCACCAUCCCCAGCCUGCAGGCAGUCAUGGGAAACCACCUGGAGCAGCGUUUGUACUGGCCCCAGAAGCUGCUGGAGGACCUGAGGGAGACAGAUGCUCAGCAAUUCCGCACCGCCAUGAAGUGCCUCUUAGAAGACAAGAAGGACCCGCUGGAGCUGGAAGACAUCAUUAUUGACUUGGGAGAGAUUCGGGAACAAGCCUUGCAGAGCCCGGGUGUGAACCGCAGCCUGUUUCUCAUCACGCUCGAGAGGUGUUUCCAGGUGCUGAACUCCCUCGAGUGUGUAGAGAUCCUGGGCAGGCUGCUGAGGGGGUCCUCAGGCAGCUUUCUCCAGCUGGACGUCACAGGGAGGCUCCCCCAGGACCUGCGUGAGGAUGCCUUCAAGAACCUAUCUGCUGUAUUCAAAGAGCUCUAUGACCAGACCUCGGCGCACUCCCAGAGAGCUCUCUACUCCUGGAUGGCUGGGAUUUUGCAGACAUCCUCCAACGCCACUGAUAACUCUGUUUCAUGGGUCAGUGCAGAAAACUUAUGGAUUUUGGGCAGAUAUAUGGUGCACCUAUCAUUUGAAGAAAUUAUGAAAAUUAGUCCUAUAGAAAUUGGGCUGUUUAUCAGCUAUGACAAUGCUACCAAGCAGUUGGACACAAUUUAUGACAUCACACCUGAACUGGCCCAGGCAUUUCUGGAGAGGAUCAGUUCCUCCAGCUUUGACAUGAGGAAUACCUCCACCAUCCACAGGCUGGGCCUGCUGGUUUGUUUCUACGGAGACCUGGAGUUGCUGGACGCCGCCAUGGCCCAAGUCCGCCUUCACCAGAUGAUCAAGUGCAGCCGCCUGAGGGGCUUCCAGGCCGGCGUUCAGAAGCUCAAAGCUGACCUCCUGGACAUUGCCACAGAGAACCAGACCCUCAAUGAGACUCUGGGCUCUUUGUCAGAUGCGGUUGUGGGCUUGACGCACGAUCAGCUGGAAUCGCUCUCCCCUGAGGCUGUGCACGGCGCCAUUUCUACCCUCAACCAGGUCUCGAGCUGGGCCAAGAGCCAGGUCAUCAUCUUGUCUGCCAAGUACUUGGCCCAUGAGAAGGUGCUGUCCUUCUACGGUGUCAGCCAGAUGGGCGUGCUUCUGGCUGGGGUCGGCACCCAGGCCUUCUAUGGCAUGGACCGCAGGGACCUCUUGCAGGUCCUGAGAAGCAGCAUCUCCCUGCACCUGUCUGACUUGUCGCCUGCCCAGCAGCAAGGUGUCCUCAGCAAGAUGAUCGAAGCAGGAGAUGCCACCUCCGGUGUUGUGGAAAUACAAGGGGCUUUCUUUAAGGAAGUGUCUCUCUUCAAUUUACGGAGGGAACCCAGAUUCAACGCUACAGCCCUAAAGGAAAAGGAGCUUCGCAGGAGUCAGGCCUUGUUCCUGUACGAGCUUCUGUCACAGACGACCAGAAGGCCCUCGGAGCUCCUGAGCGCAGGGCAGCUGGUCAAAGGCGUGAUGUGCUCUGACAUUGAUGCCAUGAGUGUGGACUCCUUUCUGGCCCAUUUCCAGUAUUUUGAGAACAACCUCUCCCUGCUUUCACCGUAUCAGGUUAAUUGUUUGGCGUGGAAAUACUGGGACGUCGCCAGGUCCACUAUGCCGCCCUUCCUCUUGGCUGCGCUCCCGGCUCGCUACCUGGCUGCUGUCCCCGCCUCCCGGUGUGUGCCCUUUCUCAUCAGCCUGGGCAAGAGUCAGCUGGACUCCUUGGUUUUAGAUUCCCACAAAAAGAAUUCCAUCCUCAGGAAAGUGCAGCAGUGCCUGAACAACUCCAUAGCUGAUGAGUACGCUGUGGACAUCGUGGGGAACCUGCUCUGCCACUUGCCGGCGGCCAUCCUCCACCGCGGGGUGUCCCCCAGGGCCUGGGCCACCGCCCUGCACGGCCUCAGAGACUGCCCAGACCUCAGCCCCGAGCAGAAGGCCGCGGUGAGGCUCAGGCUCCUGGAGCAGCACGGCCUCCCCCAGAACUGGACAGCCGAGACUACAAAGGACUUGGGACCCUUUCUAGUACUUUUCUCAGGAGAAGAAUUAAGCUCUAUUGCCACAAAGUUUCCUGACAUCCUUCAACAAGCAGCUUCCAAGAUGGCCAGGACUCCACCUCCCAAAGAAUUCCUCUGGGCUGUCUUUGAGUCUGUUCAGAACAGCAGUGAGAGGAGGCCCAGCUCCGACGCCAGCCCCGGUUGCCAUGGAGUCGCGGCUCCCUCUUCCGAGGACAUCUUUAAGUUGGCCGAAGCCAAUGCCUGCUGGGCCCCCGAGGACCUGCUCUGCAUGGAGGAAGACACGUUCAUCAGGAACGUGGAGCUUCUGGGGGCCCUCAGGGGCCUCAGCCGGCCUCAGCUGAUGACCCUGAAGGAGAAGGCAGUCCAGGUUUGGGACACGCCUUCUUACUGGAGAGAACAUCAUAUUGUUUCCCUCGGGCGCAUUGCCCUGGCUCUUAAUGAAAGUGAGCUGGAGCAGCUGGAUCUCAGCUCCAUCGACACUGUGGCUUCCCUAAGCCAGCAGACAGAAUGGACCCCGGGACAGGCUAAGGCCAUUCUGCAAGGGUUCCUAGAGGACUCAGGCUACAGCAUCCAGGAUCUGAAGAGCUUCCACUUAGUAGGACUUGGUGCAACCCUGUGUGCUAUGAACGUCACUGAAAUCUCGCUUAUAAGGAUCUCGGAAUUCAGAGUGGUGGCGGCCAGAAUCGGAACCCUGCUCUGCAGCAUCCAUGUCUUGGCUGAGUUUAAGAGGAAGGCAGAAGCUGUGUUUGGGAAUCCCGCUGAGUGGUCCAGCUCUGUCUUGCAGGAGCUCGGGACCAUUGCAGCUGGAUUAACUAAGGAAGAGCUCCAAAUGCUUGAUGAGGACUUGAUGCCGUAUUUCCAGCCGUCAGCAAUCCAGUGCCUUCCUGAUGAGAUAUUCAGAGCGCUGUCCGCGGAGCAGAUCGCCUCCUUGGGCCCCGAGAACGCCGCGGCCGUGACCCCGGCUCAGCGCGGGCAGCUCAGCGCGCCGCAGCUGCAGAGCCUCCAGCGGGCGCUAGAUGGCGCCAAGACUCGCUCCUGGCUGGACGAGCCCCUGAGCGCCAGCCCCACCCGCAUCCUCGCCUCCCGUUCUCCCCAAGGAGCUUCUGUGGCCCGGGGGCUUUGGCUUGGCUGCCCCCUGCUGCUUCUGACGCCCAAGGUCCUGUGGUGAGCGCGGGCACACAUGGCCCUUCAGCGCCGAAGCAGCUGGCCAAGGUGCGUGGAGACAGAGGCACUUCAGUCUGUGGGGGACCCCUGCCCAGACCUGGAACCUCAACGAGGACAGAGAGACCCCGGGACCUUGAGAUUGAAAAAGCACCAAAAGGAAUAAUUAUUAAAAAUGACCUUGCAAAUUCUUAAGCUGCCUUGCGUCCUCAGCAGGCAGCCAUUCUCUGCCCCAUUUCAGCCUUUUGUCUUCCAGCUGGGAGACAGAGAAGCUGUGGGGAGGGGAGGGUGUUUCUGUCAUCAGCAUGAGGACCUUAGGUACAAGGAACUGCCCUCCUUCUGGAGAGGGAGCCGUGGGUGCAGGCGGAGGCACGUUGCAGCCGGGCCUGGUCUGCUUUCCACUCUGACUUCAUUUCCCUUCCUCGGAGCUAUAGGCCACAUUGGAUUUCUCCUUCUUAGGUACUUAGCAGGGCUGAAAUAAAUGGCUCCCUCAACAGAAGCCAAUAUUCCUGCCUGAUUGCUGGGGCUAAUUGAUGUUUCGGUGGGCAUCGCAUUGCUUGGAAAUUAAAACAUUUAACAUGG